UUAUAACGAUUGAAGUAGUAAAUGACAAAUGUCGGAGGAGUCUCCUCCACUUUAAGAAUUUAGGUUGUGCUGCGAAGGCAAAGCCGGCGGAGGGCGACGGCGAAACCGGGAAGGGGCAGAGGUCGCAGCGGUGCGGCGGAAGGCGAAUACGCAACAGUACCUUUUCUCGAGUAUGAAACCCUGAGAAUCUCAUCAAGAGAUGAAAGGUCCUCGCAAGAGUUUGGAUAGAAUUAGCACUCUUCCUCAAGACGCAAUUGAUUUAAUUCUGUCUCUCAUGCCUAUCCAAGAUGCAUUGAGAACAAGCGUGUUGUCAAGAAAAUGGAGGUAUUCUUGGACAAGCAUGCCAAAACUUGUAUUUAGCGACAUGGGUGUAUCAUCUGGUAAUAAAGAAAUUGAUAAAUAUAAGUUUGUCAAAGCCAUCUUCCAUGUUUUGUUGCUACACAGGGGUCCGAUAUUGGAAUUCUGUAUCAUUCUCUUUGUUCAUAAAAAUAUUUUUAGUGAGAUUGAUCAGAUGAUACUUCAUUUUUCAAGGAGCAAUAACAUCAAGAAAUUCACCUUCCUGAUUUGUGGUGAAAUCUACCUGCUACCCUGUUCGUUCUUUUCAUUGCAAGGAUUAGAACACCUAGAUCUUACACAUUGUGAAUUUGACCUUCCAUUAAUGAAUAAGGGAUUUAAUAGGUUGAAGAAGCUGCGCCUUUUUGAGGUUGAUAUCACUAACAAGAUGCUUCAAGGAUUUCUUACCAAUUGCCCACUACUUGAGGAAUUUACUUGGGCUAGAGGUUAUUAUACAAACACAAAGCUUAGUGAGUGUGAAUUUGUUGAGCUAUUUAAGUGUUUACCUUCGAUUCAGGUUCUGAGAAUCUCACAGUUGUAUAUCGAGCACUUGGGUGCAGGUAGUAAUAGUAUGCCACAUAAGCUCCCCAUUUCACUACCCCACUUGAGAAUACUUAUUCUUAAUGUGUGUUUCCUUGAUCUUUCGACUGUUCUAUGUGUGAUCAGCAGCUCUCCAAAUUUGGAGAAGAUCAAAGUGGAGAUGUGUUGGGACCAUGAUGAGCAUUGUCUUCAACAUACUUUCAAUAACUUGCCUGAUAUUCAAGAAGACUACUCGGGCCUCAACUUGGAUCAUCUUAAAGAGCUGGAGAUAACAAACUUCCAUAACCAUGGUGUUGAGAUGGAGUUUGUGAAGCUCAUCAUGGGUAAGUCACCUGUGUUAAAGAAAGCACGAAUAGAGCUUCAUUAUCGUGUUUCUGUUAAUGAAGAAGUGAAGAUGCUUCGAGGUUUGGUGCACAUGCCAUUUCCACGUGCAUCACCAACAGUGGGCUUCACCAUUAAACGCUAUAAUGAGAUUGAUUUACUGUAAAUGCAAAGAAAGUUUAAGUAUUGUUAGGUUAACUGUGUUGGUUAAAAUAGAAGGACUAUCAAAGCACAGUUCCUCUGUUACUGUCUAAGUGUCUAUAUUAAACUUAUUUUGAUGUCCUUUUAGGGUUGAUUAUAGAGUAGUAUGAAUGCUGCUGCUUUCUACUGAAUAUUACACAAAAUGGAAUCUCACAGUUGAUAUGAGCAAUAUUUGCAUUGGAUA